AUGAAGGUUUACGCGGGGUGUGUGUGGUCUGCAGUAGCCGGCACCAUAGUCGAAAGCGUCGACAGUGUCACGCCGCAGGUGAUUCGUGAUAGAAGAGAGUGGGACCGGAUCGUCAAUGACUAUACGAAGAACAUGAACGACUCUACGAUGAACGCGCCUGUGCACAGCGAUGUCAUGCCACAGCGCCAAGAGCGCGCGAAACCUUUGGUGUGCAUGUAG